AUGACCUCCUUCAACUCAAACUUUUCCCCUUCAAGUUCCUCUAAUUCUGAUGAAAGAAGAUCAUCCCGAGCAAUAAUUGAUCAAGAAAUAAAUGAUUUCUUGACCAAUAUUGUUCAACCACUUGCUCCAACUAUUAUAUCAAAUGUUACCCCAACACCAAGGAAUAAAAGAACAAAAGUGACUAAUGAUAAUGAGGAUCAUCAACGGCCUAAUCGAGGCAGGGAGGAAGGUCAUAGACGAUUGUUCAAUGAUUACUUUACUGAUCAACCAGUCUAUCUAGCUCGUUUAUUUCGUCGAAGAUUUCGAAUGCAGCGACAUGUCUUUCUUUGGAUUAUGGAAAGUAUCGUUGCAAGUGAUGUAUGGUUCACUCAAAAAAGAGAUUGUACAGGUCAAUUAGGUUUAUUGCUUAUACAAAAGUGUACAUCAGCUAUUCGAAUGCUUGCGUACGAGGUAGCAGCGGAUUCGCUUGACGAGUAUGUGCGAAUUAGUCAGAAAUUCACAACGGGGGUUAUCAAGAAUUUAGGUGCCGAGUACUUGAGAUGGCCUACUCCAGACGAUUAG